UGGUGCUUCUACCGGAGUGAAAGACAUGCUUCUUCUCCUCCUCGUUUGGAUACUGGCUUUGAUACAAAGUGGUGUAGUAUCAGGUAACAGUGUCCUAGAUGCCAACGGAGUACGACUAGUAGGUGGUACAGGUCCAUAUGGUGGAAGAGUAGAAAUUAAGAUAAAUGGAAUAUGGGGGACAAUAUGUGAUGAUUCCUUUGAUAUCAGAGAAGCUAAAGUCUUGUGCAGGAUGAUGAAUUUGUCUGCUACCAUGUAUUUUCCGGGUGCUCGGUAUGGACAUGGAAUUGGUCCAAUAUUUGCUGACAGACUCUCUUGUAUUGGGUACGAGACACACAUACGUGAAUGCUCUUUCGUUACCAACACACUUUGUUACCACUCAAGAGAUGUUUCCAUCAUUUGCACUGCAUGUGGUCAGUUCAAUGUAUAUAACGGGCAGAUAUCUUCUGUGUCUUCAAAUGGAAACGUUUUGACGACUUCCUGUAACAGUGGGUUUGUAUCAAAUGCGACUACGGUUGAGUGUAGAAGGUCAGGAACCUGGUCUGUCGGAUCACUAUCCUGCAAAAUGCCUACGGAUCCAGGUUAUCCACUACCGAUAUCUGACAUACGGCUUUCAAAUGGGGUUGGUCUAUAUGAUGGUAGAAUUGAGGUUCAGGUCAAUAACACGUGGGGGACGAUUUGCGGCUCAUCAUUCUCGACUGGUGAAGCCAGUGCGAUUUGUAGCAUGCUUGGAUACUCGACAAAUUAUCGACAGUACUAUGGAUCUUCAUCUACCUACGGACAGGGUUCCGGUCCUAUAUACAUCGACAAACUGGAUUGUACUGGUUCGGAAAAGGAAAUGAACAAAUGCACAUAUCGCGUGAACAACUCCUGUAGCCAUAGUAAUGAUGCGGCGGUCGCUUGCAAUAAAAAUCCACUAAAUAUCACGGAUAUACGAUUGGUCAAUGGUACCGGGCUGUAUGAUGGACGGGUUGAGCUUUUUGUAGAUGGUAUUUGGGGAACUAUCUGUGGCUGGUCAAUAAACACAAAUGCAGUUGAAACUCUCUGUAGAAUGAAGGGAACAGGAUUAAGGCAAGUAGCCUGA